AUGUCAAAAACUAGUUCGCUUUUUGCCAUUUUCUGGUGCUUCUCAGGCAUUAGUUGCUGUUACGCCGUAGAAUGCGGCAUCCCGCCGUUAAUGGAGAACAGGAUUGUGGGAGGGAUGGACGCCCCUGAGGGAUCUUGGCCCUGGCAGGUGGAUAUACAGAAGUCGAAUGAACAUGUGUGUGGAGGCUCCAUCAUCAAUGAGAACUGGGUCCUUUCAGCAGCACAUUGUUUUCCCAAUCCCAACGACCUGGGUUCUUACGAUAUCUACGUCGGUCGGCACCAGCUGAAUGGCUUCAACCAAUACCUGUCAGCGCAUGGCCUGAGCCGCGUGGUGAUCCCACCCGGCUACAGCGAGCCUCACGACGGCAAAGAUCUAGCUCUGCUGCAGCUGUCCAGUCCGAUAACCUGGUCUGAUCAUGUCCGUCCCGUGUGUUUGCCCGCCUCCGGCACCCUGUUCCCAGCUGACAAGAUGUGCUACGUCACUGGCUGGGGGAACAUCCGGGAAAACGUCCCUCUGCAAGGAGUCGGGACUCUGCAGGAAGUACAGGUGCCAAUCAUCUCCCAGAGUUCAUGUCAGGAGAUGUACCUAACAGACCCGGCGGAGCAGGUGGACAUCCUGUAUGACAUGAUCUGUGCUGGAUAUCAGGAGGGUGGCAAGGACUCCUGCCAGGGAGAUUCAGGAGGGCCUCUGGUCUGCCAGAUGGUUAAUGGGACCUGGGUCCAGGCCGGGGUGGUGAGUUUCGGACUGGGCUGUGCCAAAAGAAACAAGCCUGGCGUGUAUGCAAGGCUGACCAGCUUCUCAAACUUCGUCCUCGGUACGGUUCCUGAGCUCAAACUGUAUGGCCGCGCUCACCAGAGCUGGUAUGGGAGUAAUGUGUUGGUGGUUAGCUGUCUGUCCCUGACUGUGCUGCUGCUUCAGGGAUGA